UGUUAUCAAAUAAUUGAGAUUUAACUAAUUAAUGUGAGCAUUUGAUGACCAAUGAAACAAUCAACUGCUAAAUUAAUAAAAAUAAUUAACUUUUAUCACCAAUAUGAAGGAUUAACAAUUGAAAGUGAUUAUCACUUGAUUAACAAUUAAAAAUUAAGUUUAAAAAGGGAAACAGCUCAACCAAGUAAAUUCAAUUGUCUUCAUCUAAACUUACAAUCAACUUGAUUAAAUUGUUUUGAAAGAAAAUAAUUAUUACAAGUUUCUUGAUUAACUAAUAAUUAAACCUAAACAAUUUGAAAUCAACAAUGUCUCCAAUUACAAUCGUAAACUUAAUUUUAACUGUGUUGAUUUGUAGUCAGUUAAAUGGUUCAAUAGUUUCGGCCCAAAAUGGAUGUCCGAAGCAUGUAAUCAAAUACAAGAUCGAUUCUUCAUUGGUUUUAUUCCUAAUUUUUAUUGUAGCCCAUUCGCAACAACUGAUUGAGACAACGUUACAAGAGUUCAAUGAAAAAACAAACUUGGAAUUCAUUCCUGAAGAGGACGAUAGUAAUGUCCGUUUCUUAUUCAGACGUGAUCAUUUUGAGUGUACAGUUAAUGGAGACGAAAUUCUGUUGACACCUCUUUGUGAAUGUAAGAGUCACAUUAUUCACUAUGUGAUGGCUGCACUCAAGGUUCCUAGUGUUCCAGUCAUAUCCGAAGAUUGCGAAAAUGCUCAAUUGUCAUCUGACGAUGUCUAUACAAUCAACAACGAGUACUAUUGUUGUUCUCAUCUCGACAAUAUUUAAAUUAAUGGUGGACACGCAUUGAAUUCGCCUGGUAGAUUCAUGGGGAAAAAGAUUUACAAGAACACUAACCCAAGAUCAAACUCCAUGGUUAAAUAUCAGACGGAUCAAAAGUGUUUAUUGUUGACAACCUUGACCAGACUGGACACAAUAAGGAACUCGGACUCUUGGAUAAUCCCUUUAAUCAAUUUAAUCAAUUUAAUACUUAAAUAUAUAUAUGAUUUAUUAUAAUAAAACUUAAUCUUUAUUCAAAAAA